AUGCCCAAAGACAAGCGGAAGCGCGCCGCGGGCGCUGGCGACAGCACGCCGUACGCGAAGCCGUCUGCCAAACAGGCCGCCGCGCACUCGAUCUUCAAGAUGGACAAGGACCUCGGCCAGCAUCUGCUGAAGAACCCUGGCGUCGCCGCCGCCAUCGUGCAGAAAGCGCACCUGAAGCAGUCGGACCACGUCCUCGAAGUCGGCCCCGGAACAGGCAACCUGACGGUCCUUAUCCUGAAGGCCGCAAAGGCCGUGACCGCCGUGGAAAUGGACCCGCGCAUGGCUGCCGAGUUGACCAAACGAGUCCAGGGCACGCCCGAGGGAAAGCGACUCAAGGUCAUGCUGGGCGAUGUCAUCAAGACGGAGCUCCCGCGCUUCGACGUCUGCAUCUCCAACACGCCCUACCAGAUCUCGUCGCCGCUCGUCUUCAAGCUGCUCUCGCUGCCCCACCCGCCGCGGAGCUGCGUGCUCAUGUUCCAGCGCGAGUUCGCCAUGCGCCUGUUCGCCAAGCCCGGCGAGAAGCUGUACUCGCGCCUCUCGGUCAACGUGCAGAUGUGGAGCAAGGUCUCGCAUAUCAUGAAAGUCGGCCGCAACAACUUCAACCCCCCGCCCCUGGUCGAGUCCAACGUCGUGCGCAUCGAGCCCAAGAACCCGCGCCCGCAGAUUGCAUACGAAGAGUGGGACGGCCUGCUGCGCAUCGCCUUUGUGCGGAAGAACCGCACUCUGCGCGCUGCCUUCCUGGGCACAAGCGCCGUCCUCGAGCUCCUGACGCAGAACUACCGCCUCUUCUGCGCCCAGAACGACAUCGACAUCGACGACACGCCUCUGAACCCCGACGAGGUCGCCGCUGAGCCAGAGACCAUGGACAUCGACGACGACGACGACUUCAAGGGCUUCUCCGACCCGGACGAUCCCGACGACGAGCUGCCAGACUUCUUCAAGCAGCUCGCUGCCGAGUCGCGCGCAAAGCACGCAAAGGGCAUGCACCGCAAGAAGAAGGGGCGGGUUAGCGAGCUGGUGCGCGAGAAGGUGCGCAAGGUGCUGGAGGACGAGACGCAGCUUGCCGACAAGCGGCCCAGGUUAUGCGACGAGGGCGAUUUCCUGAAGCUGCUGUACGCGUUCAAUCAAGAGGGCAUCCAUUUCAGCUAG